GUUUAACUAUAUGGCCUCGAACUCUUUCAAUUUGUAAACAACUGCAACAAGUGUUUCGGAGAUGAUCGAAAUUUGGCAACAGUAGUAGCGGCAUAAACAUCUCUACGUUUGUUUACAUCUUUAUUCUGAAUUUAAAAUCACAUUCAAGUUUCUAUCAAAAAUGGCUUUUAGAUAUGCAUUUUCUUUCUUCUGUGCCAUGUUCAUAGUUUCAUAUUGUGAAGAAGAUUCCAAAAUAAUAUAUAUGCAAAUAAUUCAUAACAGUUUGUGUAAAUGUGAAAAUCUGAUAUCAGAUGAGGUUUUCAUGUGCCGAGAUUUAUCUGCCGGUACCGAAACAAAAUUGACAUGCAUAGGUGAGGAUUCAGUUAAUGCUGCUGCUGAAGCUGUAAAAUCAUUCAAGCAUUUACAGAUUUUGGAUGUAAGUGUCUGCAAUGGUACUUAUGACAGAAUUCAGCAGAAAGAUCUCCAACAUUUUUCAAAUAUCACAAUCUUAAGUCUUGCUGAUAACAAGAUAUCAAUGAUUGAGAAAGAAGCUUUCAUUGAACAGAAAAAUUUAAAAGUUUUAGACUUAUCUGAUAAUUAUAUAUCUGUUCUUCAAGAUCAUAUAUUUGAGCACCUAGUGUAUCUUCAGAACCUUAGUGUUUCAAACAAUAGAAUCAGUGUCAUUGAAUUUAAAGCUUUUUAUAACCUCCACAAUCUUGUAGUUCUUGAUCUGUCUGGUAAUAAUCUUCAGUCUGUCGAUAGUGACUGGUUUCGAGGUAUGGAAAAUCUACAGAUUCUAUUACUGAAUUAUAAUGAAAUAACUUCCAUUCAGCAUAAUAGUUUUCAUCAUUUAGCACAUUUGCAAAAGUUAGAUUUAUCAUUUAACAGUCUGAAGCAGAUACCAGUUCGGUCAUUUUAUCAUCUUAAGAAUCUCAAGUUUCUAUCUUUGGCAAUGAAUGAACUCAAGACAUUGAAUGAAAGUACUUUUAAAAGCAAUAAUAUGCUUGAAAAAGUAAAUCUUACUGGUAAUUUAUGGGUAUGUGACGAGAAAUUGCUUCCAAUGAAUGAAUGGUUGAAGAAAUAUGAAGCAUACAAAGAAGGAGCAUUAUGCAUUGAACCUCCAGAAUUACAUAACUAUACAGUGCAAUAUGGUCUUGAAAUUUUAACUAUGGAACUAAAAAUCAAAGAAAAUCCCAUUUGUAAAAAAAAUAUGUGUAACUGCACUAUUUCUAAAGAUAAACUUGUCGUCACUGUAGAUUGCAGUAACAGAGGGCUUGUUAGAUUACCAGAGGUUUUGCCAUAUAAAACUAAAAUGUUAAACCUCUCUAACAAUGAUAUAAAAUCUUUAACUACUGAUCAUAUAGAUGCUGUUUUGUGGUCAGAUGUAUCCUUUUUAUAUCUGAACAAUAAUGUCAUAGAUUCACUGAAAGGUCUGGAAGGUACUUGGCUGUUGAAAAAUUUGGUAGCUCUUCAUCUCUCAAAUAACCAAUUGACAGAGAUACCAAUACAUAUUUUGGAGCAAUUUCGUGGGGGUUUACUUGAUGAGUUAUAUCUCUCAGGUAAUCCAUGGAAUUGUGAUUGUAAUACAGUUCGUUUUCAAACAUGGUUGCAGGAUAAUUAUAGAGCUGUUCGUAAUUUUGAUGGAAUUACUUGUUCAACUGAUAGUGGCAUAUAUGCAGGGCUAGCAAUUUAUAAAUUAAAAAAGUCUCAGUUAUGCCCACAGCAGGUGCAAUUGGUAAAUUACCUAGACAUUUUGAAUAGCUUGAUGGCUAUUGCUAUAAUUAUUAUAAUAGUGAAAUUGUCAUAUGAUUACUGGUUGCAAAAACGAACAGGCAAACUACCACGUUUUUUCAGUUUGAAUUUAAUGUAAAAUGAUAUUUAAAUUACUUUGAAACCAAGCACAAGGGAGUGGAUGCUAAGGUCUGAGAAAAUAUAAGUUUUAAUAUUUUACAUUUGUUGCUAGUAUACAAAGCUUAUAAAAUGAAAAUGAAAAUCAUCAUCUGUAGUUUUACAUAUCCUAUAAAACAUUCUAUUUAUAUAUGUGAUGUAAAAUACUUUUAGAUGCAUAAAAACUUCUUCAUGUGUAUUAGUACAAAACUGACAAAUUAUGAUCGAAUUAUACACAAAAUUUAACUUUGUAAGUAAAUUCAGUGGAAUUUUUGUGCUUUAAAACAAAUGGUGCCAAACUCAGUUCUUCCAAUAACUGGAUGCAAGGCUAUAAUGAAAGGCUUGCAUGAUAACCUUUUCAGUUAUUUAUCAUAUGUAAUUAUUUGCUAUAAAAACAACGUGUGUUUUCGGUAAAUAAAAUUUGAAAAAUAGUUUAGCCAUAAACUGUAAAUAAUAAAUGCAGAAUUAAAGUUUGCUUUCACAUUAAUUAGAAUAAAAAUUUAACAUUUACAUUAUAUUGGUUAAAGAUCCAUUCUUAUUAUUUCCAUUAUUGUAUAAUAUAGUUAGAAAUGGUGUGUCAUUCAUGAAAUUAUAAUUCUCUAUGCAAAUGUCAGUUGUCUCAUUCUGAUGCUGAUAAGUUAAGUCAUUAAAAUGCAGAUUGUUGGUAUGCAUUGAAACUUAGCAAUAUGCUUAUGUAAAAAAUCAUUAAAGGAAAAGUUGCCAUUCUAAACAAUUUUUGUUAAUUCUCUAUGCAAAUGUCAGUUGUCUCAUUCUGAUGCUGAUAAGUUAAGUCAUUAAAAUGCAGAUUGUUGGCAUGCAUUGAAACUUAGCAAUAUGCUUAUGUAAAAAAUCAUUAAAAGAAAGGUUGCCGUUCUAAACAAUUUUCGUUUUGUGGCACAGUACUAGUAUAGUGUCGAUGUAGGUUUUAUCUUUAUGUACAUAUUAAACAUUUUAAAUUUUUUACUGACUAAAUAAUAUCACUUACUUGAAAAUUAUGUACAGGUCUAUAAUUUAAAUAGAUCAUGAAUCUGAUAAAUUUGUUGCAAUGUUGUUGUAAAAUAAUGGAGAAAACUUGUGAUACAUUACCCAUUCUGAUAAAUAUUCAUGUGGAAAAUUAAUAUUUUAAAACCUGAAUUUAAUUCUGUGUUUCAUUUUUAAUGAUUCCAUUCUAAUUAUUUGAUAUCAUUUGUGAUAAUUUAUUUGCAAAUAAAUCAUGCGAUGAAUUGAAGUCUGCUGGUAUGAAAAUCAUGGAUGAAAGUAUUUCAAAAAGCUUUUCUGUAAGGGAUGCAGAAUCUGAUGAGCUUUUUAAAAACUUAAUCACCACAUGGAGCAGCAGCUGCAUAGUUUGGCACUCAAAUAUGACUUAAAUUGGUUAAUAACAGUACUUAAUUAUGAAAUGAAUGGCUUUUUAGAUUCUGGUCUUUAAAAUAUGUACUUAAACUGCUAGUUUAGCCAUUUUCAUCCACAUUCAUAUAUACUGGUCUGAUAUAUUAAGUUUAUAUUUUUUCUCUUUAAUUUCUCUUUAUUUUUUUAAGAAUAAGGAUUUAUAAAGUGUUUUCUCACAUUUUUAAUUUAACUGACUCCACUAGACUAAACUGUGUAAUUUGAAACAUAUAAUUUUCCUCCAUUGUUUGGUAGCAGCUAUGAACUUUCAUCAUUUUAGAAUCUAAAUAUACAAUGGCUGUCUUCAAAAGAAGAAUGAUUAUGGAUUCUCUAGUGGAAACUAUAUUGCAUUUAUAUGAAGGAAAAUAUGAAAAUAUCUAUUCCUGCUAUGUCUUCAAUCACAAAUAAGUUGUACUUGUUGAAUAUUCUAAUAUUCCAAUGUCUGCCCCUUGGAAUAAAAGCUGAAUUAAGUUUCUAUUCUUGGAAUAGCGACAGCCAUUUUAUGUUUGGUAUGAUCCAAAUAAUUGCUUAAUAAAUUAAAUAGUAUGUUUAAGAAAUAUUAAAUGGCCAUGCUAAAUUAAAUAUUUUGUCUUUAUGUAAAUUACAUAAUUCACAAUUUUUUAAUUUAAAUCCACAUAGUAAAAGAUACAUUGCAAGAAUGUCAUUGUCACUGCUUAUGUCUGAAAUUAAGAUAAAAGAUACACGGUCUGCUGUCAAAGAUUUUAUGUUGGAAAUGUUAUACCAUUACAUUAAUCCUUUUUAUCACUACUUUUUUGUUUGCUUGUUUUUGCUUUAUAUAAAUUGUUAUGAAAUGCAAUUAAUUUCAUUUCAGCACUUUAAACUCAGCCAAUGACUAAUUGUUAAAUUUACAUGUUAUCUUCAAAUACAUAUUAUUCUACAAAUCUCUCUAUAAUUUAUCCUCUCACAGUGCUCGAGAAGAGGGGGAAAAAAAAGAAGUUUUAUUUGCUUUAUUUAGUUCAUGUAGUAAAACCCUGCUUAAUUGAAACAAUGCAAGAAAAUGACAAUCAGUAAAUUUGAAAAUUAGUCAUCUUCAUUUAUUUUUAAAAUAAAGUUUUAUUCAUUAUUUCAUUAUAUAGAGUUAGUUAUAUACUUUGCAAUUUAUAAUAUAUGGAUUUACGUCUCAGUGUUUGUGCAUCAGUACUUCUCUGAAAUUUGUUUUUAUUAUGUAUAUAUACGUCAGUAAUUUACUUUUAAAUUCCCCUUAAUAAUAAAAAUGUAUGAUAAAGAAAUUAAAUUAAUGUAUAUGUAAUCUAUUUCUAAAAGAAAAAUUAUGCUAAAUUUGUGUCUAUAGAAUGAGUAAUUUUAAAAUUGUAUAGUAGAGCUCAGCUAAACAAAAAAGGGCUACAAAACAAAUGUCAUUAGAAUCCACAAAUGAGAAAACAGUCAAAAAUGUGAAAGCUUGAUAAUUUGUCUAGAAUUCAAUAUUUCAAACAUAAUCAGUUCCUUUGGCUGACAACUUGAGACUUUUUCCAGGUAAUGCAAAUGGAAGCUAUUUAUACUGAAAGUUCUCCACAAAGGCUUUUUUCCUUUAAAAAUAUAAUCCUGAAGUGGUUUUUUUUUUUUUUUUUUUUUUUUUUUUUUUUUUUCCUUUU